UCAUUUAGAUAGAAUCAACUGCAGGAACGUAAAUUGUGAAAUUUGUAUGUUUUGAUAUUUAAAUUUGCAUUUGAUUGUCAUUGCGAAAGUGUUGUGUUACUUGAAAAUUCAGAAAAUUUUCUUUAGAUUGUCGUAUGUGUUUAUAUUCACUAAUCGCAUUGCAGAAUAUCUAUAUACUGAUAAUGUUUCGUAGCUCUGAAUUCUGAUUCAACUUACUUUUUGUAAUAUUUGAUCCAAAUGAAAUAUGGGUUGUUGUUUUAGUUGCUUUAAUAACGGUGACAAUAAAUCUCAGUCUGGUGAACCAAAUGAAAGAACCACUCUUUUAGGAAAUCCAGUUAGUAAUAGUAUUGGCAGACCUUUAUUCAGCCAAGAUUUUUCAGAUGUAGUUUCUGGUCAGCUUGGUGAUGAACAAGCUGCUUUGAAUAAAAUAUUGCACCAAACUGCAAUUGACAUUAUUGAUGUCUCUGCUAUUCCAACCCACAUAGAGCAGAAAGAUUUUAUUGAUCGUGUUAAAAUGUAUCAAAGAAGAUUAGCCUCAGUACAGUUGAGGCAUCCUAUGAAAGAAAAAUGUUUGUUAAAAGAUCUUCCUUUGCCAGAGAAAAUAUUAAGUGAAACUCCUUUAUUAUUAGCAGAUUUGAAAAUGAUUGACGAUGCUUUUACUGAUGCCAUUACAGCUUAUAAAAGUAUAGAAAUUGAACCGCAAGGUGAUCUUGUUACGAAAUUUGGAGUUUCCUGAACCAUCAAUUUUGAAGUCCAUCUAGGUUUUUUUCAUGUUCUUGUUUUUAUUUCGUGCUAUUUUGAUAUGUUUGUUUCUAUGUCCUUGAGCAUUUAACUAUUUAACUGUGCAUUUUUAUUGUUAAAACCAUAAAUAGAUAUAGAAAAAAGACAAUAUGCGACAUUUUUUGUUUUCUUCACAUAAAAGUGUAUAAAACAAAAGCUUGCAUUUUCAGAAAUCUAAACCUCAGAAUUUUAUCACUGUUGAUGAAUUAAAUAUAUAUAUAUAGUGUAUAUGUUUAUACACAUAUUUUGUGAUAAAUUUAAUAAAAACAUCAAUUAAUAAUUGGUCAUUCUAUAAUAAUAGUUGUUUUUCUGAUAUCUUAUAUUUAGUUCAAUUCUGGCCCUUUUCUAAUGCAGACUGCACUGAAUUAUGAAAUCUAUUUGCUUUAGAUAGAUAAAUAUAAAAUGCUUGUAAACCACUUAAGAAAAAGAAUGAGCUAUAAAAAUGCCAAAAUAGAAUUUAGUAGUUUUUUAACUAAUAGUCUUGUUAAAAAAAAUGUUUUAUUCAAUUAUGAUUUGUACAAUGUGUAAAGCAUGUCAGAAUUGUACAGUAAAAAUGAAUUGACAUUUUAACUUGAAUAAAAAUAAUAAAGUAUAUUUUAUGCAGA